AAGGUUUUCUUUGUUAAAAAAAACUCACUUUGCAGAGUCUGAUUUCUUCCUCUUCGUUAAACCUAGCCGCCGCAAGUCAACCACGCCGUUUGUUCCUACUCCGUUUUUUCAUAUAUUCUUCACCAUUUCUUCUCCUUCUGCUUUCAUUCUCUCUCCAGAUUCAACCAACUUCACAUCCAUCGCAGAGUUUCGUUACUGUGUUAAAUCCUCAAACAACACAUCAAUAUUUUGUGGCCAUGAAAGGAGGAAGGAAGAAUUUGAAAAGAGCAUCAGAGGAAAAACAUGUAACUCUCGGAGACGGCCAAUGCAUCAUGCAAGUAGUCUCUCUUCGAGGCUCCAAUCUUAUUGAGGUUAUGGAUGCAACUGGAGAGAAAUCACUAGCUCUAUUUCCGGCUAAAUUCCAGAAAAGCAUGUGGAUUAAACGAGGAAAUUUUGUUGUAGUUGAUGAGAGCGGAAAGAAAGAGGCUCUUGAAUCGGGAAGUAAGGUUGGGUGUAUUGUUUCUCAAGUUCUUUUCUAUGAUCAACUCCGCGCAUUAAAGAAAUCUUCAGAAUGGCCUGAGAUUUUUAAAGAUGAUCUAAAUGAAAGAGUUGUCGCGCAACAAGAGAAUGAGUCGGACGCGAGUGAUGAUGAUGGGUUGCCUCCAUUGGAAGCCAAUACAAACAGGAUGAGACCUUUUGAACCAGAAGAUGAAGAAUCCGAUUCAGAUAAUGAUGAUCAUUUUGUUGGCUCACAUAGUUCAACCAAAACUCUGUAAAAUAUAUUCUUGAACUGUAUCCAUGUACGGAGGAGUAUUUGAUUGAACAUUAAAGAAUCCAGUUUGCAUUAACAUGUCAAAUUAUAGAGGACUCAACCUAUAAUUCUAUAAGUUUUUUUUUUUUUUGUAUUUUUGGGAAUUAAUGAUGUGUACCAAUGAGAAGAAAUUUAGUUAACAGAUAACUUUUUUUA